UGAAAACCAAGAAAAUUAAAAAAAAUUGGAAGAAAACGGUAAAUAUGUAGAAUCUGUGCAAGCGGCAGUGCUCCAUGUUGCUAUCAGGUGAUCACCAAGUGCCAACUUCGCGGCCUCAUAUCUCGGAGAGUGCACUGUUGUUAUACAAUGCUCACGUGGCGAAUGAUGCGGGUGUUGAAGCUGCUGUGGUUGCUCAUGUUCCUUGCCUGCGCCCUAGCUGCAUUUAAUCUGCUGUUUGCAUCGUCUCAUGACAGCCAUCUGCAUGAUCACCUUGGUCGGGAAACCCUUGAUUCUAGAGAAUCUCAACAAGUCCUGUCCCCUGAAGAACGUCUCUUAGAAAUACAAAACUGGGUCUUGGCUGGCCAUCAAAAAGGGGUCCUUCCUCAGGUGUUUUCUGUGAAUGAGCAGCUAACACCUGCUGCACCCGUGGUCAAGAAGGAACUUAGUUUUGGGGUGCAUGAGGAAGAAAACUCUGCACGAGAGGUAUUGGAUAUGGAGGCUGCUGAGAAAGAUAAUAAACGAGGUCAUUUUCUGGAUGCUAAUGCCGCAAAUGAGGUGAAUUCAGUUGAGCCUGAGACGAAUGUUAAUAACAGAAACCCUGCAGUAGCUGUGUCUUUACGACAGAAUUUUAAAGAUUAUAAUAAACUUUCUUUGCCAAGUGGUCACAACUGGAGAAAUUUAAGUGAAUAUGAUAUUAAAAAAUUAUCUGUGUUGGGAAGAAGACUUUAUUUAAAUGAGGAGAUAGGUACAGUGAAAGAUAGAACUUUUACAAUCUUGGUUUGGAAAACUGGACCUCAGAUUGAAAAACGUUUACUCAAGGAGUAUGGUAAGCUAAAUAAAGACCCAUUUCGAAAAUGUUCUGCACAAAACUGCAAACUGACUUACGAAGAUGAGGCAGCCAGGACAGCGGAUGCUAUUCUAAUCCACCUGCAUCGCAUCAAGGGACCCAAUACUUUUCCAAACAGGACUAAAAUAAAUCAGCGGUGGAUCUGGUUAACGGAUGAGAGUCCAUAUAAUACUUUUAUGGUAGCUAAAGUGAAGGAUAUGGCAAAAUAUAAUGGCUACUUCAAUUGGUCAAUGAGCUACAGGAUGGACAGCGACAUCCCAGUACCAUAUGGUCGAACAGUGGAGAUGAAACCAGAAGAGGCUGCCUCAUAUCAUUAUAUUGAUUAUUUUAAACUAAAACCAAAAACUGUAGCAAUAUUAGGAUCAAACUGUGGGAGCCAAAAUAAAAGGUGGGACUACGUGAGAGAACUGAAGAAGUACAUAGAAAUAGACGAAUAUGGAGGCUGCGGUACCUUGAAGUGCCCAGGGCACUUUAUGAAGGAUUGUUUACCUCUUCGUGACUACAAGUUUUAUUUGUCAUUUGAAAAUGGCGAUUGUCGUGAAUAUCUAACAGAGAAGGUAUGGUGGAAUGCCUUAGGGAAAGGAGCUGUUCCUGUGGUAAUGGGAGCCAUCAUAGACGACUACAUGAAGUUCCUGCCACCAAAAUCAUUCAUACACAUCAACGAUUUUGCAUCACCUCAACACCUGGCCAAGUACCUAAUGUACUUGGCUUCAAAUCCAGUGGCAUACAACAGAUAUCAUGCUUGGCGGUCCAGAUACCGUGUGUUGAAUGAACAUGGUUACUUUGCCUCUGAAGUGUUCCACUAUUGUCGCAUCUGUGAAGCACUAAAUUAUAAUGACCCAGCACCCAAAGUUUACAAUAAUAUGGAAGUAUUUUGGAACAAAAAAACUCAGUGUUUCCCACCAACUUGGGAAGAUAGGCUUAAAUCCCUUGCGGUAACAAAAUCGUAGCCUAGUGAAUGAUUAUAUCGGGAGUUUUCACAAGUUUCAUCAAAGUUAUUAGUUUUUAUAAUAGCAGUUUUAGAAAAUAUUUAAUAAUUAGGUCAGUAAUUUGUCAUCAGUAUUAUUCUUCCAUGAGAAUAUAAUUAUUACAGAAUAAAUUUCAGAGUGUAACUAUUAAUUAACCCUUUGACUGUUUUGGUCAUAUAUAUAUGUCUUACGAGCCAGUGUUUCAGACGUAUAUAUACUCAAUAAUUCUAGCGGCUUCAGAUCAAGCUCCGCUGCUCUCUCUUUACCUUCCCUUCUCGCUGAUGGACCCACCUUUCAUCCGGACUCUCUCAUUGACUUUUUGACAACAACUGACUUACUUCACAAACUCUGAUACCUUCGGCCCUUUCUACCUCAAUCUCUUGCUACCCUCUACCCCCGCACUAUCCCCUGCCCCGCUGUUUUCUGUAACCUACUGAUCAUCCCUCCCCCCUUCUGCCGCCCAAUACCCUCGCUUCCUUCCCUACCCUGCAGCGCUGUAUAGCCCUUGUGUCUUAGUGCUUCUUUUUUAUUAUAAUAAUAAUUCAAAUCAAGCAGGAGAAAGCUGGUAGGCCCACAUGUGAGAGAAUGGGUCUGUGUGGUCAGUGUGCAGCACAUAAAAAAAAUCCUGCAGCACGCAGUGCAUAAUGAGAAAAAAAAAACUGACCGUUUUUUUUGGAUUAAAACACCGACUUUGAGGUGUAUUUUCGCAUAGAAUUUAUCAUUGUAUUCUCGUUUUCUUGGUCUCACGUGAUAAAAUGGAAAACAUAUUGCAGAAAUAAGAGAUGAUUUUGAUUAGUUUCACAGUGAAAACUACCUUGAAAUUGAGCUCAAAGUAGCAGAAAUUUUUUAUUUUUACCAGUAUUCAAGAGUAAGUAAAUCACACCACACGUCCAAUACACAUCAACUGGGGAGUCUAAUAUUCUUUCACUAGUGCACUGAUAUUAUUUAUACCAUUUUUACAAUAAUGCAGUAGUCUGCAUAACAAUAAAUUUUGUAUUUUUUGUAUGAAUAAAAAAUAAAAAUAGAAAGCAAUAGUAAUAUAAGAGGGGCCUAGAGGCAUGACUGAUGAACAGAGGAUAUGUUAUUUUAGUGCCAAGAAUGUCUACAUUGUUUAUUCUGGACCCUAUUUUGAAAUUGGCAUCUUUUUUAAUUUGCGUGAAAUUGGCCAAAUUGCCAAUUUCUGACUACUAUAUUGGGUAGUUCAAAUUGGUAAAUGGGGGGUUUCUUAUACUCAAUUGAUAGAAAAAAUGGAGUUCUAAAGAAAUAGCUAUGAGUUUGGUCAACUGGAACAAUGAAAUUGGCCAAAAACAGGGCUCAGAGUCGGUGAAAUCGCUGAUGCGUAUAUGUUGCCGAGGUUGCUAACUUCACGGGAGUGUAAUUCCGUGAGUUUUCGACCAAAUUUCCUACUUUUGGUGUCAUUACCAUCGGGAAAAGAUUCUCUAUCAUCUCAUAAGAAUUUUUUUUGUUUUUUUCCAAAAAUUUUGUGACAUAGAAUGACAGUUUCAGAAAGGGGCUUACAACAGUCAAAGGGUUAAUGCCAUAUUCAUAGAACAAAGCAGUCACAUAGUAUUGAGAUUAAAGCUUUGUAAAGUUUUCUUAUAUGGGAUACACCCUAACACUGUGGUGACUUGUAGCACAAUUACAGUAUUUGACCAAAAUUCUAAAGAAAAUAUAGAGUAAAUAAACAAUGACAACAUCACAGAUCUAACAUAGUAACUUUUCUUAAAACUUAUUGUUGCUGCAGUUGCAUAUUUGGCCAGUCUGCUUUUGUUUCUGUUUGUUACUUAUUACUGGGCAGAAUUUACUAUCUUAAUUUACUUCUGGUCUGGAGAACAAAUACCCAGUACAAUGAUUUCCCUAUCAACAGUUAGCUCAGAAAACUUUCAAUAAUAUGGCACCUACAAACUUAAAAUUCAAAACAGAAAUAAUAUUGAUUUAAGAUUUUAAAAAGUACUGACUGAUAUGAUGUAUAAUAUUCUUGCAUGAGCAGAAGGUAAAAGGUAGGUGAAUUUUCAUUCUUACAGAAUUAUUAUUAUUAUCAUAACUAAGCACUAAACCCACAAGGGUCAUACAGCACUGCUUAUAGAAAGAAAAUAAUGAAUAGUUAUACAAUGAAUGGAAACUUUAUGUAAUUUGUUUCUCUAAGAAUUUUCUCUAAUCUAAAGUAAUUAUAUACCUAUUCUUGGAUUAUUACUUUCAUUAGAGUUUGCUUUUUAAAUACUUAGAGUUCCUGCAUAAUUUUGCUUUUGAAAUACAGUGCUACCUUGGGAUAUGAACAGCUCAAAAUGCGAACAAUUAUGUAAGUGUAUUUAAGUGCUUUUGUAAGUGUAUUUAUGGGGGUCUGAAACGGAUUAAUCUAAUUUACAUUAUUGCUUAUAGGAACAAAUUCAUUCGGUAUCAGCACUCCGACAACCUUCUGGAACAAAAUAAGUUCAUAUCCCGAGGUACCACUGUACAGUAUAUUAGCAUUUUUUAUCUUGUCUGUGAUAAGUAUAUUUACAAUGCUGCAUAUGUGAACUACAUGUGAGUGUAGAGGUAAAUCACAUUGUGAUUGUCAUUUUUUUUACAUCUUAAAUUGGCCCACAUUAUGUGAAUCAAGUGGAUCACAUGAUGAUCAGGAAGUGGAUUUUGAUGACCUCCAGGAAAUAUCACUUAUGCAUUAAACAUUUUUACUCUUCCAGUUCAAAUACAAUAUUUCUGUAAUUUGUAAAAUACUGAAUGACAUGCAUUAAGCAUGUAAUAAAUCUUAACCAAGUUAACAAAAACAAGCACUACUACUAAGUAUUAUUACUAGAAACAUAACAUUGUAAACAACUCAUGGAAAGUACAGAAUUUGAAUCCAUGGCAAGCCACUUCUAAAUGUAGCUGGCCAGUGCUCUAACUGUACUAUGAAGGCCUAAUAAGAUUUGUCCUAUUGGGUUUCUGUAUGUUAGGAAGUUUAGCAUGGACACUGCUGUGACUGCAAAUGCAAGUUUUACAGAUAAAUCUCAUACCAGCAUGGUUAGAUCUUACCACAGCCAUAGUGUGAGAUUCAUUUAUAAAGAUGUGCAUUUGUGGUCACAGUGGGGCCCGUGCUAACCUUCAUAGUGUACAGAAAUAAAUCUUGUUGGCCAAAUCUUAUUAGGCCAACCUGGCAUUAGUUAGAGUACUGGCUUUCUAGUUUUAGGAUUGACUUUCCAUUGAUUCAAAGCCUCUUGUUCCAUAAGAUAUACAGUGGAACCUCAGUACUCGAACUUAAUUCAUUCCAGAAGGCUGUUUGAGUGCCGAUCCAUUUGAGCAUCGAAUGAAUUCUUCCUAACCAAUUUUCUUUUUGGUUGGCUGUCAUCAGUAAUCUUCAUAGGCCCCAUGGUGACUCCUUUAUACAAAUAACAUAAAAAAAAAAAAAAAGCUGUGAAGAAACAUGAAA